GCACUCGGGUCCGAGCCCGGGGUCCGACCCAAACCUCCAAGGUUAGAUCGACUGAUCCAACAUACAAACCCUCGCGCUCUCCUCCUCCCCGCGGAUCUCCCAUGGCCGCCCCCGCCGCCGCCACCGGCCCGGCCCGCAGGCUCCUCCUCCUUCUCCGACUCGGCAACCCUCCGCCGCUCCCCGUCCCGCUCGUAUCCCACCUCACGCCGCAGUUCCCGCACCCCCCACCAGCCCCGGCGCCGCCCCUCCUUCCAGGCUCUCAAUCCUCAGCCCUGAGCCCGGACCCGAGUAUCCGCGACCUUCUGUUCUCGUUCCACCCCUCCAUGCAGAUAUACCCGUCCCUCGUCGAGCCGAGAGGGGAUGAUGUGCGCGAAGAAGGGGGCGGUGGCGGUGGCGGGACGGAGGUGUGGGCGGACAGCGUCAAGAAGAAGCGGAAGCGCAAGAUGAACAAGCACAAGCUCCGCAAGCUCCGGAAGCGCCUCCGCCGCCAGACAUGAGCGGCAGCAUCCCCGGUGAACGCCAACGCCUCAUUUCGGCUUGAAGAUUGUAAUUGCAAGCAGGGUCUUCAGCUGCUGCCAGACCAGUUACAAGCUGAUUGUUUCUACCAGUUUUUGGUUUUGUUAUAGCUAGGAGUAGCUGGUUCAGUACCAGAAAACAAGUGCUGCGACUGGGCAUGCAUCUAGAUAUUCUGCCGGGACUGUAAUGAAAAUGAGCCAAGAACUGGCUGAUUUGUGGCCAAUAAAGGUUCAGAUGCUGGUCUUUCACUUAUUUGUUGUGUUCUUUCCCCAAAUCAGUGAAAUAACCCCAACAUACUCUUGACAGAAGAACUAGUUGCACGUCUA